CGUACGUGCUGCGGGUAGCAAUUUAUGUACAUGUACGUUACGCGGUAAGUGGACGUCGCCCAUUUUGUAUAUUUGUUCAUUUGGGACUGACAAUCUGACAAAAUUGCAUCGAUAAUCAUCUGCCCGUAAGAACGUCAUCGAAUGAAUAUUUCUUCUCACCUGUACAGAGGGAAUAUUAAAGAAGAUAUCUGCCAGUUUUGAGAUAACAUCGUCAAGAAAUAAUCCGGUAAACGCCGGCCGAAUUAAGUGAUCCAUCUCGGAAUCGGAUAGGAGAAGUACCGAUUUCAAGAGAAAAUGGCCUGCGCAACACUGAAACGGACACUAGAUUUCGAUCCUCUACACAGCCCGGGUGCCUCUCCCAAAAGACGAAGAUGUACUCCUCUGUUGUCCCCGUCAUCCCCAACAUCAUCCAUGUCAUCGUCAUGUCGUCAACCGUCGGCGUUUUCGCCAGUUACACCCAGAAUGUCGCCGGGUCAAUUAGCAGCUAACAUUUGUCUAGAAUGGAAGAGGCUAAAGAGAAGACGACAUCUUGAAGACUCGUUCACCGACGCUGGAGCGGGUACCAGCGGAGAACUAGCCGAAUCUGAGCCUCAGCCUCAGGUCACUGACAUGAUGCAUCAGUCAUCAUUCCCUAGUCAUAUGGCGCAUUAUCACGGCGUCAUUCCAGGGUCACCUAGCACAUCCACAGGGGUCGGUCCAGGGCCUCAUGGGAGUAAAGAACAACCCAUGUUUACUCUCAAGCAGGUCAUCAUCAUCUGUGAGAGAAUGCUGAAGGAACAGGAGGCUCGGAUACGUGAGGACUACGAUAAAGUCCUGUCAUGUAAACUAGCAGAACAAUAUGAUGCCUUUGUCAAAUUCAAUCAAGACCAGAUUCAUCGACGUUUCAGAGACUCCACAGCAAGCUAUGUGUCGUAAGCUGCACAUUCAUGACCGAGUUGCAUCUUUUCCUCAAGAGCUGGAGGCAUCACUCCCAAGUUUAGUUCCUGAGACUUAACCAGCACCAGCACCCAAACAAGAAAACGAGUGCACGAAAUAAAUAAACAGUUGUAGGAGUACCCAUUUCUCAAAGUGCAAAAUUACAUGUUCGAUCUCCAAUUCCUAUUUUUGUGCUAUUAUAAUCCAAAUAUUAACAUGAGUGAUAACAAAUCAAUAGUUUCAAAGAAAAACAAUCCCAUUUUACACAAAAAGUUAGUAAUUUUUCUUGUAUUUAUUGAUAGAGUUGUUCGGGGUUUAAGAUUGUUGGUAUUUGUUUUUUUUUUAGCUGACAGCUGUCGCUGUCAGUAAUCAAGAAUGAUCUCAUUUUCAUGAUCUUCAUUUUCAGAGUCUCUUAAGGACAUAUUCUUGGGACUGAACUGGAUCAUUUAAAUCAGUCGUUUCUUUUUUUAUGUUGAAGUUAAGUAUUAACCAAAUUUUUAUGUUGGUCAACUUUUUUGUCUGCACGAUAUUACAGCCAUGUUUAAUCAGCAAAAAUUCCUUUUUUUAGAAGACGUGUAUUAGCCUUAUAUUUAUUCAAAGUAAAAUUAACAUGAAAUUGUUUUACAGUAAUAAGUAACUCCUUGAUUCUCAUGCAUAAUAUGCACGAGAAUUAUGGAAUUUAUUUAAAAAAAAAUAUUUUAAUUAUUUUUCAAGUUAUUCCAACACGACUAUUGAGUAAAGACAAAGAGAUUGUUUUUACUUUUCUGAAGUUCAUACUCAUUGGUCUUAUACCCUGCUUCUCCACAUACAAGUCAAACAACAAUAUAUAUUGGAUUGGAUGGGACCCGACCAAGCCAUAUUUUAUGGAGUUCUGAAUAUUCAGAAUUUCUUGUCCGUCUCACGCUGCCCGAUUGAUCUGGGCAAAAGUGGCAUAUGACUAACCCCCAAAAACAAGCGUAACAAAAAAAUAAACAUUUAAAUCAGACAUGUUACCUUUCAGUUGACUUUAUAUUUAAAAAGAAAAAAGUGUUAAAUUUUGUACAUAUUGUACAGCAACUGUUCUUUGACACUUGUAUUAUUGUUUCAUUUUAAACUUCAUUUAUUUUACUCUAAUAGUUCCAUUCUUAAUUUUCUUUUCCCCCUAAUUUUUCCUGUCUUCGUGUGUAGAUAGUUUGGUGUUGUGAAUUUAGAGAUGAAGUGUAAACAACUUGUUACCUUCAAUUCAAAUUUGAUUUUAACUUUAUUUUUUUGCGUUAAGGUAAUUUCAUGGAGGGAGUUCAAAUACUGAAGAGGCAUUCAAUUCAACAUUAUCUAUAAAAUAUAACUUAGUGCUACUCAAGUUUUUGCUGCUUUGAAUGUACAAUCAGCUUGGGAAAAGAUCUGCUUAACUUCAAAGAAAACUGCUCGACUUGCAAAAGCACAAGAUGAAAAAAAUGACUCCUACUUCAAUCAUUGGGGGACCCGUUGGAAUUACCUUGCAUAUUUGAUUUUGGUGCUAAUUGUUCAAACAGUGUAGAUGCUUUGUGAGUGUUGAAUGGUUGGGUAGUCAAGUGAUAGUCCAGUAAUGUUCACCAUUUAUAAAUAAAAAUCUCUUGUUCCUGAAUCAUAUUUGCAAUCACUUGUUACUUUGUACAUAUAUUCAUGUAUUAACAACUUACAAGUCCGUUCUGAAUAAAGAGUU